AUGCAUGACCACCUGCACAACCACCCCGUUCCCGGGGAGUCCCUCUUCGUUCAAUCAGAUGAGGAGCUGCCCCCACCUCGGGACCCAAACGCAGGUGCAGGUCUGAAACCAAACACAGAUUCUACCCAGCCACCAAUCACCGCUAUCACACUUCCUACCCACCCUGCUACUCGGAAUAGUCCUAAACGGUGGAAUACUUCUCAUUUACUGGUAGAGUAUAAGAGGCAGUCAUACCCCAAUCUAAUAGCAAACGCCCACAUUCUGCCACCAAACCCCACCGAACCUCAUCAGGGCAUCUCUUUUGGACGCCAAACGGUGAUGACGCCCAAAAUAUACACGAAAACUGUGCGAAGCGUCCAAGGCCUAGCUCAGGGGCAGGGGCUCAAAGGGCACAGCGAUUCUGGAUCAAUGACACAGUCUAGGCGGACUGAGAAACUAGCCGCUGCUCUGCCAGAUCCUUCCUACCAUAAGUGUAAUUCGAGUUUCCAACCCAAUCCAAUGCCAGAGGAGGUCAAGGCACCCAUACCAAAACCAAAGGCACUAGGCAAUCCUCUUAAAUCGAGCCGCUCACAAAGGAGUAACAACUUGAGGGCAUAUCGACAACCCAAUUCGAAUGUUGCGUCUCUCGGCACCAAGAAACCUCUUGUUGGCCAAUUUCCAUAUCUCUUGCUGGCCCGCAAACCAGCUCUAUUCCGUGCCGCUCCCACUAAGACUUGUCCACUGAGGAAUACAAAUAUCUCUCCCAACAGAAUCAGCUCGCAGGGCAAAGAAAUCUCCAGAGGGUUGUCUCGGACUAUCACAAACGUUGCAAAGGACAGCACUACGAACACUUCCCAGAACUUGAAUGAUAUGCAGGCAAACAGAAAAGCCAGUGCAGUCUCAAACAAGACUUCGAAGACGCGUACAAGCGAAUCCAAUAAAAAUACCCAAUCCUCAAGGAAGCCAAAGACGACCAGUAUCCUAGGGAUCCGCGCAAAUGUAGCUACGGAGGUGAUUAAGUCAAAAGGGAAAACUAGACUACACUCAUCUCUAGGCAGCUUGGAGGCAACCGAGACUCCUAAACAGAGUCUUGGAGCCGGAUCGACGGUUGUCUCAAACAGACCUUCAAAAGCCUCCACCUUCUUACAGGUAGUCCAACACGACAAUCCAAUUUUAACGCUCAGGUCACCCAAGGAUGAGACCGUAGACAGGAUUGGGCUUAAGAAAUUUUCACUGGAAUUAAAAGGUGAUAAGGAGAGCUCUAACUCAGAAGCAUUGGGGAGAUCAGAACAGGAGAAACCAUUCACACCAAUAGCCAGGUGCACACCUGUGAACCCGUACAUAACGACCCAUAACACCACUUUAGGAAUUACCACCGCACCCAAAUCGACGACGACGUUCAAUCCUGAGUCAGCCAUGCUUUCUUCAACUUCUCCUGUCCCAGUACAACCGCCUCUAAUAUCGUCAAAACGACAGACAGAAUCCACCUCAGAAGUGAAAGGCCAUUCAACGGCUCCUCCAAAAAUGCUCGGAAAUACUAAUCUAGAGGACCAACCAGGCUCCGAACAGCAAUCAACGACACUACGCGAAUCUUCUAGAAUUCUCACAACAUCGUCAGAACUUGUGCAGGGAGACAAUGACUCCUGCAGUGACAAAAAACGUCCUCGUUUACCUAGCCCAGAUAUUGCCUUGAAACGUGUCAGGCGUGAAUCCGACAAACCAACUCGAGCUACCCCUUCAGCCAAUUCCGGAAUGACGGGAUGCAAUAUGAAUGUCUUCUGGAAACUCCACUCCCACAUGAAAGCGAAGUAUGUUGAGAAAGCUAAAGCCCUACGCGUUAGGGAUGCGAAGAAAUUCUUUGUUGUCCGGCUAUACAAGCUCAUUCAAAUAGGUGACGACGAAGACCAAGAUGAUAUCGAAAACAGCGGAAAGCGAAUCCGGGAGUUCAUCAAAGACCGGCACUACCUGAGUCUAGGCAAUGCCAAUCGCGCUGCUCGCGACCUUCAAGUCGAGUUUAGCCACCAGGAAAACCCAAAAUCCGAGACCGAGAAAGUGUGGCAGAACGCGGACUUGAAAAAAUUAGAUGAAGAGGUGAGGGCUUUGGAUCCGGUGGAUGGAAAGGAGGGGGAAUGUUGGACGAACCAGUUCAAUGGACUGAAUGGAGACAAGUUUGGGGUUGAGGUUGAUGAGGCCUUGCUUUUUAUAUCAUGAAAAGUGUCGUGGUGGUGUGGUGUUGUGGCGUUGCCUGGAGUUGGAAGUGUUUGUGUCUCGGCGCCUUGCAAGGCGAAGCUAGAUUGGUAUUUGGAUUGAUACUCAUGAACUGUUGUGAAU